CUACUCGGCUUGGGCCAAAACUAAAACCAAACCGGGACCGAAACACCCGAUAGAGAAUUGAAUCGAAUCGAAUCUAAUUGAAUCGCCGUGAGAAAGACAGAACUAGAGACCGGUUCACAGAGUGUUUCCAAAAACCGUGAAGUGGUGGAAGACAGAGAGACAGUCCCCAGAGCAGCCCUAGAUUGCGUUCGAUCUGCGAUUUUACGAUCUGCGGCCUACGAGCUCCACGAUGCGCCUUCGCCGCCGCCUCAUCCAUCCGUCCAUUCCGAAUAACAAAGAACAUGUCGAUCAGAAUCGAACCCAAAAAAAAAAAAAACACGAACCAAACUGAAACCAAAAUCAGAUACUACCCAGACGAUGACGAUGGACGAUGAUGAGCUGCCCGGGUCAAAAGGCCAGCCCACGUAAGCUGAUUUAACGUAGAACGUAGGCUGGCCUCUUGCGUUAGGUAUUUAACUCUCUGCUAAAACAUUCACAAUUUUAACUACCAACAAUAUUAUAUAAAGAAUUGUCAAAUUCCUUAUAGCCAUUGUGAGUGUGAGGGCGUGAAUCGAAUCAAUCGAGUGUGGUUAGAUGAGAAGCUUGCGUUCGCUAAUUCUGAGAUGAUGUGAUGGUCUUGGCGACGAUAAGAUGAGAGAUGAGCAUAUGACGAUGAUCGAUCGAUGACACGAUGACACGAUGCUGGUCGCGCGUUCACUUACCAACUUCGGCUAGUUAACUCCGAACUUAGUCCUUCCCCCCAUUCCCGGUACUUCUGGCAUCCGGCUUCCGGCAUCCGGCUACUGGCUUCUGGCUUACGGCUGCGGCUCAGGCUCCGACUGAGACUACCGACUAGACAUCCUCCAACCCGUUGGAGCAGCGAGAGCAGCGUCCCGAAACGUAUUUCUUAUUUUUGCAGUUCGUUUGUGCGUGAGGCACCGAAGCCGCUGGUUGUUGUGUCCGCCGCUGCCCGGCAAACUGCUCCGAAACGCUCCACUCUCCGGCUCGCUGGUGCGGUGGUGUUCUGGCUAGCGAUGUCUCCUCUGAUCUGAUCUGACCUCCUGACUGUAUCCGGUGUGUGGCUCCCUCCGAAACUAAACGAUUACCGCCAACCGCAACACUUGAAUACUUUUUUGCCAUUUAUAAUAUGAUUCUGUUGUACACGAAAAAAAAAACCAAGUACCAAACCAAACCAAACCAUACCAAACCGAAAUCAAAGUAACAAAACGUAACGAGGUCUGGCCAUCCAUCUGCUCAUCCGCCUGCCUGCCUGGCUACGGUUUACUGGCUGCCCGCCUGGUUGAGUUAACGAUGUUCGAUCGGACUUUCGAUGAGGUCAUGAGGUGUCCUUGGUGUCAUUGGCCCACAGUUACUAGGCAGACAAUCUAAACUCUCGGUGUAGAAACGAUGUGUGUGUCCUCCUCUCUCUGAAAGCGCAUUAAGAUCUCAAGGAUUACAUGCGCCAAGCUGGCGAGGUCACCUAUGCCGAUGCCCACAAGCAGCGCCGCAAUGAAGGCGUGGUCGAGUUUGCUUCGUUGUCGGACAUGAAGACGGCCAUUGAGAAGCUGGAUGACACCGAGCUGAAUGGCAGGCGCGUCCAUCUGGUUGAGGAUCGGCGCGGAGGACGCAGCGGCGGCGGUGGCGGCGGCGGAGGUGGACGUGGACGUUCCCGUUCGUCAAGCUCUCGUUCGCGAUCCCGCUCGCGCAGGCGCUCCCGUUCCCGUCGCUCGUCGCACUCGCGAUCCAAGUCGCGCAGCCGCUCCAAGUCCCGCGGCGGACGCUCCAAGUCCAAGUCGCCCGUUAAGUCCCGUUCUCGCUCUCGCUCGCGUUCCAACAAAUCGCGUGACGUGUCCAAGUCCAAAUCGAAGUCCCACUCCCGCACCCGCUCCCGUUCUCCCAAGCGUGAGCGUGACUCCCGUUCCCGCUCGCGUUCCGUGUCGAAGCGCGAGUCCCGCUCCCGAUCACGUUCCAAGUCCAACCGCCGCGACUCCCGCUCACGCGAUCGAUCCGCAUCGGCUGACAACAAAUCGCGUUCGCGAUCCCGCUCCCGUUCGGCCUCGCCCAAAAAUGGAAACGCCUCGCCGGACCGCAAUAACGAGAGCAUGGACGAUUAGAUUAGUUAGCUGUCCCAUUAAUUUUAAAACACUUGAUUUUAGACUUCUACUAUAGCUAUUCUACGAACAUCAACACUCAGACACCUUUACUUACCCUGCGCCCUUUGAACCAAAACCAAUGAAAAUGAAAUCGAAAUCAUACAAAUCCACAAUAGGGGCCUCGUCAUUUUGUAAUAUUGAAAAACGAUUUGUUUCAAGACUUGGACACUCCUGAAAAAUGGCUUGGAUUCAAGGAGUACAUAUUGCUGACGGAAUUACUUCGACACGUACACCGAAACACCUUAAAUUGUCUAUACAUACGAUGAGUAAUUUCAAUAAAUACGGAUACAUUUAAAUUAAA